AUGACUCUUCUGGCCGCCGCUGGCAUCUUCCUUGUUCUAGAUGUUAACUCGCCUUUGGAAAACUCACAUAUUAAUAGAUACGAACCUUGGAAUUCCUAUAACAAGGAAUAUCUCACGCGCAUAUUCAAAGUUGUCGAACAGUUCAGUGGCUACAACAACACCUUAGCCUUUUUUGCAGGUAAUGAGGUUAUCAAUGAUGAGAAAUCGGCAUUGGUUUCACCGAAAUUUGUGAAAGCCGUUGUUCGUGAUCUCAAGUCUUAUAUUGAGUACAACAAACUGAGAAAAAUUCCUGUUGGUUAUUCCGCCGCCGAUGAUUUGAACUAUAGAGUCUCUCUGGCGAAAUAUUUGGAAUGCUCCAAUGGCGACUCCUCCGACUCUAUUGACUUCUAUGGUGUCAAUUCAUAUCAAUGGUGCGGUAAGCAAUCGUUUCAUACAAGUGGGUACAGCAUUUUGUCGAUUAACAGUGCUCCUAGAUUUGGCUGCAACGAAGUUCAGCCCAGAUUGUUCGAGGAGAUCCAGGCUAUUUACUCAGAAACAAUGGCACAGGUGUUCUGCGGAGGACUUGUGUAUGAGUAUUCCCAAGAACCCAACAACUAUGGUCUGGUUAACGUGAACAGCGAUGGAGCUGUCAAACUGAGGCAAGAUUUCAUCACUUUGAAGGAUCAACUCGCUGACACUCCAGAUCCGGAUCUCCCCAAACAAUCAAGAAUCAAAUCUUUCAGACAGAAUUCGGCUUCAGCCAUUCCAUUUUGCAAAGAUUUCUACCAAGGUCUUGGUGUCACAACUUCACUGCCAGCUUCACCGGCAGAGAGCAUCAUCAGACAGGGCGUUGCAGGACAGAAAGGAAGCUUUGUCCCGUUGCUUGAAUCAGAUUUGGAAUCACAUUUCCAGGUCCUCUCUCAGGAUGGAAGCAACUAUGGGAAACAGGUGAAAGUGAGUCUUGUUCCUCGUCCAAACCACCUGGCUUUGCGCAGCGGUAAGUGGGAGAUACUGGAAUUUGAUUCACUCUCCGAAUUCUCAUCUAACAUCUCAUCCGAUAGCUUCAGCUAA